AUGUCAAUAAUUUGGCAGUUUUUCACUGUCGAGGACCAGUCGGAUACAGUUGCAAAAUGUAAACUUUGUUUGAAAGGAUUACGGAGAGGAAAAUUCGGAUGUCUUCCCAAGGAUUUCAGCACAUCUCCACUGCAUAAGCAUAUGAAAUCCAUGCACGCGGUAGAAUAUCGCAAGGCAGAAGAAACGGCGCUAUGCGAAGCGAAGUCAAGAACGGAAGAGAAAGCAGAUACAGGACCGUCUGGGUCCGUCUCCAAAGCAGAGGAAGCUGACCGCUAUAACUCAGAUGACCCUGGAAGAAAGCUUCAGCCAGAAAAAGUAUUGGGAUAUCAACGAUAA